UUUGACAACUGCAGUCAGCUGGCGAUUAAUGAGUAAGGAAAACAAACGCAAAAAUAUAUAAAAAGACUUUUUAUUGCUAAUUUAUUGGGCUAAAAGAUAUUUAACGUAAUACACAAGAUAUUUGUGCAAGAUUUUGUUUCUCUUCUUUAUAACUCAAGUAUAAAAACGGCGAAAUGGGUAAAGGUUUCAACAACUACAUGUGUAAGAAGUUCUUCCACCCUGCAUCUAGAGACAAUCUGAAAAGAGUAUGGAUGGCCGAGCAGCAAGCAGAGGCUUACAAGAAGAAGCAGGAGGAGCUACGAACCCAAUACGAAAAGGAACAAAAUUUGCAUGAAAACAAAGCGAUGCUAAGUAAAGACAGCAAAGACAAACUAAGUGUAAACUUCAUGUACGAGCCUCCUCCAGGCGUACGUAAGGAACGCGAAAAAGACACCACUGAGCCAGAAUACAAAUUUGAGUGGCAACGGAAAUUUAAUGCGCCCCGCGAAUCUUACUGUAAAGGAGACACAGAAAUUCGCGAUCAGCCUUUUGGUAUCCAGGUUCGAAAUGUACGUUGCAUUAAAUGCCACAAGUGGGGCCACAUCAAUACCGAUAAAGAGUGCAGCAUGUAUAGCAUUUCCAUGAGUGAAGCUCGAAAACUGCACUCUGAGGCUGAAGCCAACGAAAUGAUGGCAAAGAAUGUGCUUGAAGAGCAGAUGAAGGAAGAUGGGUUGGUCAUGAAACGAUCCGCCAUGGAGCUUCAGAAUAUCAAACAAAUGAAUCACCAACACAGAUUGGUGCCUAGUGAUGAUGAAGAUAAUGAGGUGAAAGGUGAAAAGCGAGAAGGAAAAAGUGAACUAGCUUUUCUAAAAUCGCUGAGCAAGGAACAAAAACUUGAAUUGCUAAAGAAAUUAGAAAAAAUUGAGAAAUUGAAGAAGAAAAAGGAAAAACGUAAGUUGAAGAAAAGUAAGACGCAGAAAAAUAAAAAAGAAAAGAAAUCGAGGAAAAAUCGUUCAAAGAAGUCAAGCAGUAGCAGCGGAAAUUACACAGAUGAAAGUGAAGAUGAUCACAGCUCCAAAAAAGGAAAACAUAAGGCAGCAAAGAAGAAAUCAAAAGAGGAUAAAAGAAAGGGGCGACACGAAAUGUCGAGCGACGACUCACAGUCUUCUACCGAUUCCUCCAAUUCAGAAUCAGAGAGUGAUGAUAUAUUGCCAAAAGAAUCAUUAAAGAACAGACAUCAUUCAAGUAAAUAUGAUAGAAAUAGUAGGCCAAGAGACGUGCAGCGGGGCCGGCGCAGCCAUUCACACGAUGGAGAUAAAGACCGUGGACGCAACGAAAGUAAACAUAGUAGCUCUAGCCGAUGCGACCGAAAGGUAAGGAGUCGUUCAAGAGAACGCAAGGAUUUAAAUCACCCAAGGGAGAUUCGUAGAGGCCAUCGCAAUUCUUCGGAGGAAAGUCGUCAUAACCAUGCAAAAGGUGAUCGUCAAAACCGAAGCAGAUCCAGGGAUCGGCGUCGAGAACGUAACCGUUAGCAGAUGCCCGUAUAAUCAUAUGGGUGAUCCAGAGUCAGACUACAAAUUUUACAUUCGAAAUCACUCUCGUAAAAAUUAUAUAUCUAUGAACGAUUGAAAUAAAAUAAGAACCG